AAAAAUAAUUUGGUUAUUAUAAUAAAAAUAAUAAAAUAUGAGUGAAUAUCAAUCGCACAAAUUAAUUAUAGAAUUGCUUGAAGCAUUAAGAUCUGAUGUUUCUCCAGAAAUUAUUCUACAAUAUUUAGAAAAUAAUAAAAAAUGUCAUAAAUCUAAAUCAGAUGAUUCAUUAAAUUAUUCACUAAAAAAACUAAUUCGCAACACAGAAGAUCCAAAAGCAUUGCAGGAAAAAUUUGAUGAGCUGAAAUUGAACAAUGCUGAUAAUUUUCGCCCUUUUGUGGAUUUUCUUGGAUUGUUGGCUACUGAUGCAAAAUUGAAAAUGUUUCUAAAAUCAUCUGUAAAUAGAACAGAUGCUUCAAAGGACAAUAAGAACUCUGCAUUUAAUCUACCAGAAGUAUGCAAUCGAAUCAAAAAUAUUGGCAGUCGCAAAAAGUUUAAUAUUUGUGAAAAUGAUCAAGAUCAAAUUCGAAGAAAAAAUAGUAGGACUCAUCAAUCAUGGGACUUUUUAUUUAAAGAUGUUCAACUACGAAAAACUGUUCUAAAUGAAAUUCCUUCUGUAUCUCUUGAAAACAUAAUUAUAAAUGAUAUAUUGUAUGUUUUGGUUGGCUUGGAAGGGGAGUUUAUAACACCUGAGUAUAUAGUUGAUUCGACUGCUAAAAGAAACUUUGUGUUGAAUUCUAGUUUGCCAACAUAUAUAUCUGACUUAUUAAAACAAAUAUUGCCAUUAGCUUCACAUUAUUCAAUAAUCCAAAGAUUUAUUGAAGAUAAGAGUAAAGCAUCUUUUAUAAGUAUUGAUUCUAACAGUCAGAGCAAUAUAUCAAACAAUUCAUCAAAUUCUGAAAUUCAUGAAUCAAAAAAAAUGCUGUCCUCAUUGACUAGCUCACAUACAUGUCAAGUAUUGCAAGCUCUUUGCGCUGCACUGGAUAAUUUAUUACAAGAUUACUUUGCUGUAAUUAGCCAAAUUGAAGGUGAACAUAAACAUGGAAAUAUGAAUCUGGUCAAAAUUAUUUAUUAUAUAAAACCUGUUGUUCACACAUUGGAAGUUGUAGCUGAUAUAGUUGUUGAAAUAUCAAAGGCAAAUGAUGUGAGUGGAAAGAUAUUAAGUCUUCUUCAUGAGAGAGCAUUUUCCUUGACUGGCGAUCAACAAGCACAGAAAUUAUGUGUGUAUUUAACACAAGAAGCAUGUAAACCUUAUAUGUCGAUAUUAAAUACAUGGAUACAUGAAGGGACUAUACAUGAUCCACAUCAGGAAUUUAUGGUUGAAGACAAUGAACGCAUAUGCAAACGAGAUGUGCCACUAGCAUUAGAUUAUGCAGAUUACUGGGAGAAACGUUACCUCUUAAGGAGAAAUCGAAUGCCAAGGUUCCUUAAAAAAGUUGAUGAUAUUAUCCUUAGAACUGGAAAAUAUUUAAAUGUUAUUCAGCAAUGUGGUAAAACCAUUAUUCCUCCUCCAUGUGCUCCGUUAGUGUACAGUUUAUCAGAGGCACCCAUAGAAGCAACAAUCAAGCAAGCUUAUGCAUAUGCCUCGAAAACUCUUCUUGAAAUGUUAAUGAAUGAUUAUGAUUUGCCUGGUCGCAUGAGAUCUGUUAAACAUUAUUUUCUUUUGGAUCAAGGAGAUUUUAUUGUACAAUUUAUGGAUAGUACUGAAAGGGAGCUAUCAAAAAAUGUUGAUGACAUUUUGCCCAUGAGGUUGGAAAGUCUUUUGGAAUUAACACUAAGAGUUUCUGGAGCCAAUGUGGAUCCAUAUAAAGAUGAUAUAAGAACAGAAUUAUUGCCAUUUGGAUUGGAGAGUCAAAUGGCUAAGAUUCUCAAUAUAUCAACAGAAACUGCACCCCCAGAAGGAAAAUUGCACUUGUCAGGUGUAGAAGCCUUCACUUUUGGUUACGAUGUUAAAUGGCCCAUAUCAUUAAUAUUUAAUAGAAGCAGAAUAUUCUGUUACCAAAUAAUAUUUCGACACCUUUUCUAUUGCAAACACGUGGAGAGGCAACUUUGCAGGGUUUGGAUCUGCAAUAAAGAAGCAAAGAAGUUUUCCGCGAAAAUUGCAGAGCAAUACCGCGCAGCAUUUGCAUUACGGCAAAGAAUGCUAAAUUGUAUCCAGAAUCUCGAAUACUAUAUGAUGGUGGAAGUUAUAGAACCAGGUUGGAAUGCAUUGAUGCAGAAGAUAACAAAGGUAAUCAACGUGGAUGAUCUUCUAGCAUGCCAUGAAGAUUUCGUAGAAGCAACUUUAAAGAAUUGUAUGAUCACAGACACGGCGCUUUUGAGGAUUAUUUCUCGAUUGUGUGCAGUUUGCAUCGAGUUUUGCGAAUUUAUGCAGUCUACAGCGAAGACGAUGGAGAAAUCUUUGGACAAUACAGUCAGCUUUUCGGACAGCAUAGCAAUUAUGGAUAAAAGAUUUACCAUUAUUUUGAUGUCGAUGUUCGAUAAAAUUAAUGAUAACAAUGCUUCCACCAGUGGUGCCGAUAAAUUAAUGAACAUUGUGAACAGAUUUCAUUCCAAUUCAUAUUACAGUGAACAACGAGAAAAAAUGUAUGCUGGAUUUUUGGAUACAGCUUCAGAAUCUUCCAUUUCCAAUGGUAAAAGUGUGCCAAAACCCGAGCAGACUGUCAAAUAA